AUGAGUGGUAGCUCCUCAAGCACCAACAUGGAGGGAACGAGUUCUGACGCUCUGACACUCGCGCAGCCCAAUCCCGAAGCUGACAUUGCUGCGAAAGACCACAACAAUGAAGAUCGUAUUCUGGGCUCCGCUCCUCAAGUCGCAGAUGUACAAAAUGAUUCCAUGAAUACACAUGAAUCUCCUGCCAUUGCCUCCACGAGUGUCCCAGAGGCCACAAACAACAAUCCAAGCGAUACUCCAGGUGCACAAACGGCCAGGGAAACGAAGAAUGCGGACAGCAGCGUCAGUCCUGUGUGGGUGCAUGCACCGCUGCUUCUGCUGACGUUUCUAGCAGUGGCGGCUGUGUGA